AUGGCCGGCUCCAGGAAUUAUGACUUUCUUAUCAAGCUGCUCCUCAUAGGAGACUCAGGUGUUGGCAAAUCGUGCUGCCUGCUGCGCUUCAGCGAAGACUCAUUCACGCCCUCGUUCAUCACGACCAUUGGCAUCGACUUCAAGAUCCGGACCAUCGAGCUCGACGGCAAGCGCGUGAAGCUGCAGAUAUGGGACACUGCAGGCCAAGAACGCUUUCGCACCAUCACAACCGCGUACUACAGAGGGGCUAUGGGCAUCUUGCUGGUGUACGAUGUCACGGAUCAGAGGAGCUUUGAAAACAUCCGCACAUGGUUCUCCAACGUCGAACAACACGCAACCGAAGGCGUCAACAAGAUCCUCAUCGGAAACAAGUGCGACUGGGAAGAGAAGCGUGCCGUUUCCACAGAGCAAGGCCAAGCGCUCGCCGACGAACUGGGCAUUCCAUUCCUCGAGGUCUCAGCUAAGAGCAACAUCAACGUCGACAAGGCCUUCUACUCGCUCGCUUCCGAUAUCAAGAAGAGGCUGAUUGAUACCGCGAGGACGGACCAGCCGCAAGCUGCCAAGGUGGAUGUUGGGGGCCAGGGUGGUGACAACGCGGGCAUGGGCGGAAAGUGCUGUUAA